GCUCCUUCUCUGCCAUGGCCGCCGUCAGUUCCUCCCUGCCCAGCUCCCAGCACCGCGCUCCCUCAGCUCGCGGAGCUUCUCCUCGCCCCGCUCGGCCUCUGUUUCUCCCUGCUCCCGCACAGCCGCGCGCUCUGCUUACCAUCGCAAGCUCGCCACACCCCUGGACGCCUGCUUCUUGUCUGCUCGGCGCCCCUGCGCUUGCUCGCUUGGAUCUCCCUUGCCAUGGCCGUACGCUGCCGAGCUCCAAGCUCCAACUCGGAUCUUUCUCCCUCGUCUUCCUUCACACGAGCUCGCACCAGCCUCUGCUUCCUGCUCGCCAUGGCGCUUGGCAUCCAGCUUUCUGCGCACCGGCUCCUUGCUCCAGCUCCCACGCGCGUCCGAGCUCGCCCCGGCUCCAGCUUCUCCCAUGGCCGGCGAUACUCCAGUCCUCUGCGCAGCGCGCACGCUUAGCUUGCCUCUCUUGCGCGCAGUCCUCUGUUCCUGCGUGCCACAGUCGCCCAGCUUUGUUGCCGCGCCCAGCCGUUCUCAGCUGCUCACCGUGGCCGGCUCCUGCUUGGCCACCAUCUCCCAUGGCGAUGGCCGCCGAGCUCCCUUGUCGUGGCUGUCACGUCCCUGCGCCCAGCCUUUAGCUCAAUCCGUAUGCACGCGAGCUAACUGGUGUGCUGCUGUUCUAGUUCGGAUCUCGCCCAUGGUGUCGAUCGGCUAUUGGUUUCGCCGGUUGUCGAUUUUCCUAUUCGCUAUGGUCAUCACGUCAGCCGUCCCUAUCCGAACUUGCGAGCUCGCCGACUGACCGUCGUGUUCCUUGAAAUCUCUCGUCGGUCGACCUCGCGACUUAGUUCGUCCGUCGUGCUGGUCGCUGUCCCAUACUGUACCUAUUAGCUCGGAUCCUGCCCAGCUCGUCGUCGUAUCGUUUACCGUCGAGUCGUCGAACCCGUCAUCCUCUGCUCAAACCCCACCUCACCAGCUCGCUUCAAACACGAUCUCGUCGUCAAGCUUUGCCUCAGCCUUAGCUCGUCGGUCACGCUCGCCAGAUGUCCGAUCGAAGAUUUUAUUCGGAGACUGUUGACACUCUCGCAAGCUUUAAGUCGGAAUUAAUGGACGGUAAGUGGAUUCGUUAUUCCAGUAGACUAAAUGUGAUAUUUAUUAGACUACCUGAAUCGUUUACGGUGGUUUGAUCGAUAGUCGUACAUGUUGCUGCUCCCUUGCGUUAUAAUAGUUAUUACGUUCUAGGUAGUUUGCUUGGGUUAUUAGUUUCGAGUAAUUUAAUAUUAGUACGGUAUUCAACAUGUAAUCGACGAAAAACCUAGAUUCAUAUUCGUUAAUCAAAGUAGUGAAUCUAAGCUAAAUUUAUUACUAGCGCGCAAGUUGUUAGCCGAAUUGUUAGAUGGAUUAAAUAAAUAUGUGUGAAGUGAAAUAAAAUUAAAUUAGUUCUU